GGUUUUAUUAGAACGUACACUUUCAGAGGUGGCGAACUAUUGUGAAUGAGACUUUCAAGCACCCCUUAUACCAUGUAUUUUUCAAAAUGCAAGGAAAACCAAUGCAAAUUAUAAGCAUUUGUGGAGAAGAAGAUUCGUCCAGUUUUCGUUGCAUUCUGCAAUUAAAUGAAGAUGAAUUAAAUAAGAUGUUAUUGGACGAAAAAAUCAAAGAUCGCGUAGUGUCUGUGAUUUCAGUAGCCGGAGCUUUUCGCAAAGGGAAAAGCUUUCUUUUGGAUUUCUUUCUACGUUACAUGUAUGCCAAAUACGUUUAUAAUAACUUGAAUGAUAACGAUUGGUUUGGCGAUGAGAAUGAACCACUACAAGGAUUUUCAUGGCGAGGCGGUUCGCAACGCGAUACCAUUGGAAUUUUAAUAUGGUCUGACAUCUUCCUAUAUGACUUUCCAAAUGGAGAAAAAGUUGCAAUAAUUUUAAUGGACACGCAGGGCACUUUCGAUUGUGACAGUACCAUGAAGGAUUGUGCCAAUAUUUUUGCACUAAGCACAAUGAUAUCCUCAGUUCAAAUUUUCAAUAUUCAAUCUAAUAUACAAAAGGACGAUCUACAGCAUUUGCAGUUAUUCACCGAGUAUGCUCGUAUUGCUAUGGAGAAUACGGGAAAGAAACCAUUUCAAAAGUUACAAUUUUUAAUACGCGACUGGAUCCAUAUCUGUGAAGCUCCGUUCGGUGCACUCGGUGGUAAACAAAUACUGGAACAAACAAUAUUUUCGAAAGACAAGAGAUCGGAGGAGAAUGAACAACUAUGUAAGAAUGUGACAACUAGUUUCAACGAAAUUGAUUGUUAUUUAAUGCCACAUCCUGGUGAUGCUAUCGAAAACCCCAAUUUUCGCGGUUGUUUAAAAGAUCUUCGAAGCGAGUUCAGGAAACAUUUACGCGACUUGAUUCCCUUAAUUUUGGCACCGGAAAAUUUAAUUAUCAAAGAAAUAAACGGGGAGAAGUUAAAAGUCGCUCAUCUCCUAAACUACAUUCGGUCAUAUUUUGAAUCAUUCAACAGCAAGGAGUUCCCAGAGCCUACAACAAUUUUUAAGGCUACUGCUGAGGCAAAUAAUCAAAUCCAUGCCUCAAAAGCCGAAGAAUCAUAUAUGGACAAAAUGAACGAACUAACCAGUCCCGAAAAACCAUAUAUUGCGGAAGAAGAACUAAACAAAAGGCAUGAGGAAUUUCAAACGGAAGCGCUUGCAUCUUAUAUGAAUACGCCAUUAUUGGGCAAAGCAGAUUUUUUGAAGAAAUAUUGCAAAAAAAUAAAAAACUAUACUUCGUCCAGAUUUCAACAAUUCGUCAAGAUCAAUAAAGCUAAACUGGAUCUAGCCGAACUCAAUUAUUUAAACAAUAUGAAUAAAUGCAUUAUAGAUUUUGAGAAGCUUAUGGAUAAUAUGCUUAUAGGAAAUGAAUAUAUUCCUCCAAAUGAGUUCAAUAGCAAAAUGGAAGCUGUAAAAUUGAAAAUUCUAGAACAGUUUGAUUCGAUUCGAUUGAGCAGUACAGAGGAUAUACAUAGACACAUUCGUGAUGAACUUAAAGAGGCUGUCGAAAAACAUUGCAUUAAAUACAAACAACACAAUGAUAUUAAAUUGGAUUUGAUCAAAUCCGCUAUUACUAUGGAGAGUUCGGAAGCGAAGAAGUUAUACAAAGAACUC